ACCAAAAUAGUGGAUGAAGAGAAAAACGUGAAAAAACAAGAAUUUAACUUUGAAAAAGCUCGUCUGGAAGUGCACAAGUUUGGGAUCACUGGCUACAACAAGCAGGAGCAGCGCGUAUGGGAACAGGAGCGUGCUGUCAUGCUGGGGGCCAAGCCCCCCAAAAAGGAACAUGUGAACUACAAGACUUACCAAGAGAAAAUGAAAGAGAAAAAAACAGUGAAGGAUGACGAUAAGGGAAAGGAACAUAAAGGUGAUUCUCUGAAGAAGAAGAAGAAAGGGCAGAAGGACAGGAAGGCCAAAAGGAAGAAAUCGGUGCCUAGCAUUUGGCCUGCAGGACAAGUUGGAAAAUUCAGAGAUGGGACCUUGAUUUUGCAGAGCUAUGAUAUAAAGAGAAUUAAAUCAUCUAAAGUUAUCAAAUGA